AUGGCGCAGGCAAUAUUUGAGGUACUCGAAGGCAUGGACAACCAGACAGUGUUGGCCGUUCAGUCCCUGCUUGAUGGCCAAGGCGGAGUACCAGACCCUAACAAUCAAAACGUCUCCGGAACUCCCACUAUCCAGUCUAUGGAUGACGAGGAUGUGUUUUUGUGUGGGAAAUGUAAGAAACAGUUCAACUCGCUCCCUGCUUUCAUGAUGCACAAAAGGGAGCAGUGUCAGUCCAACGCCCCAUCCCUGUCCACGGUGUCACUGGCCUCAACAAACGUCUACACUCCCGUCCCCUCCAUAAGCUCUGUGCCACAGGCUCCCAAUAGACAGGUGUCCACGUACAUCACUGUGCCUCCCUCUCCUCUCACUCACACUUUAGUCCAGGGAAAUGUUCUGGUCAGUGAUGAGGUGCUCAUGUCAGCCAUCUCUGCCUUCACGUCUAUCGAGCAGCCGAUGGCCACAAUGCAGGCGCCAGUACAGAGCAAUCUGAGCAUGCACACAGCUGGAGUAUCGUAUCUUCAGCACCAUCAUCAUCAUCACCACCACCACCACCCACAGCAGCAGCAGCAGCAGCAGCAGCAGCAGCAGCAGCAGCAGCCCUCUGAGCCGCCCCAGCAAACCCAGCUGCCCCCGUCCCAGCCCAAUCUGUCGUCCCAGGUCCCAUCCAGCCACAGCAACUCUGUGGUGCAAGUGUACAGCGCAUUACCACACGGAGCCAGUGCAGAGAUCCACACGCUCGGACUGCAGCCGUUUCAUCCUGUGCAGGUGCCGAGUCAGUGUGUGGGAAGUCAGUCCUUCACCACGCCUCCCGUUUACAGUCCUGGAAAAGAAGGAUCCAAAACCAAAACAUGCAGCGUCACCAACAACAUGAACGAGAUGGAAGAGUUUGAAAAAGUCAUUAUUCCCAAACGUCCGCGAAUCUGCAAGAAAGGCACAGAAGGAGAAACAGAGCAUUUAAAAGGGAAGGGUCCAAAGCUCAAGUGCAAUUUCUGUGAAAAAACCUUCUCUAAAAACUUUGAUCUUCAGCAGCACAUACGAAGCCACACCGGAGAGAAACCCUUUCAGUGUAUUGUCUGCGGACGAGCCUUUGCCCAGAAAUCCAAUGUGAAGAAGCACAUGCAGACACACAAGGUAUGGCCGAUGGGAACAGCCAGCACAGUGUGUAGAUCUCCAGUCACGGUCAAAGUGCUGCCGAUGUCGUCCCACGAUGAAGACGGCAAAGAAGAACAGCAGCCGAUGGAACAGGAAGUGGAGGAGUCUCAACAGCAGAGCGUCCAGACACAGGCGGAGGAGCCGCACCCUCAGACUGAAGCUGCCAUGGAGCUCGAAGAAAGUGUGACAUCAAUACAACCCGCCGAUCCAGGAGGAGGUCAAGUAAACAUAACACAAAACGAACAUUCUCAAAACCAAAGCGCGGCGCCACAAAGCCAACAGAACCCAACUCAGUGCAAACAGAUGGUGGUGAUAGACAGCUCUUACCAGUGCCAAUUCUGUUCCAACAAGUUCAAAACAUACUUUCAACUCAAGUCUCAUCUGACCCAGCACAAAGGAGAGCAGGUUUAUAAAUGCGUGCUUAAGUCCUGCUCCCAGACGUUUCAGAAGUUAGACCAGUUUCUUGAACACAUCCAGACUCACCAGGAGCAGCUGACGUACCGCUGUCAUCUCUGCAGUAAAGUGUUCCCAUCGCUGUUUGAACUGGGCGUGCACCAGUACUCCCACUGCUUCUGUCCCCAGCAGAGCACGCACAAAGAGGCCGCCGUCUACAGGUGUUUGAAGUGCCAAAGCAGAUAUUCGACACAAGAGGCCCUGGAACAACAUUUACUAACUGCGUCCCACAGCUUUCCCUGUCCACACUGCCAGAAGGUGUUCCCCUGUGAGCGGUACUUCAGACGGCACCUUCCCACACACGGUCUCGGCCGCAGGUUCAAGUGUCAGAUUUGUAAAAAGGCCUUUAAGACUGAGCACUACCUCAAACUGCACUCAAGGAUUCAUUCAGGAGAGAAGCCUUACAAAUGUUCAUUAUGUGAUGCCACAUUUAACAGAAAGGACAAAGUCAAGAGACAUAUGCUUAUUCAUGAGCCCUUCAAGAAGUACAAGUGCCCUUUUAGAACACAUGUGGGCUGUCCCAAAGAGUUCAACAGACCAGACAAACUCAAGGCUCACAUUCUGUCUCAUUCAGGGAUCAAGCCAUUCAAGUGUAUGUUCUGUCAGAAAGCCUUCAGUCGGCGAGCACACAUGUUGGAGCACGAACAAUCUCACACGGACAAUUACCGCUUCAGAUGCUCCUCCUGCAACAAAGGCUUCACCAGACACAGCUACUACAGGGACCACAAGUGUCCAGCUCUGGGGAGCGCGCCGGGGACUGAGGAUGAGGCGGGGGACGGCGAGGAGGACGACGACAAGAGUGGGGAUGACAAUAAUAAUCACCAAAGCCAAUUCACAGACAUUGGGGUGGAAGAGGAUCCAAACACGCAGAUAAAUGCUUCACAGGAGGAGAGUGCGGCAGAAAGAGACGAGAACUGUCGGGCUGCUUUGUCCAUCGUGGAGCUCCAGGACAGAGAGGAGGGAGAGCAGCAGAGGAACCAAGACCUGCAUCCAAAUUGUUUACAGCAGCCUUGUCUUUAG